AUUUGUGACUAAGUAUAAAAAUGAGACCAAAGAGACCAUUAACAGAUAAAGACAGAGAAAGGCACGGAGACAGGCAGGAGACCAGACACGCAGGUUUUUACACUUUGUGUGUUUUAGGGCUCCCCUGAGGCCAGACAAUUAGAGUAUUUAAAAAGAUGACAAAGCUCGACGCGCAAAAAAAGGGAGAGGUGGAGAGCUCAGGGAGUGGAGUUUGCAGGUGUAUGAAGAGCGUGUGUAUGUUUAAUGUGCAUAUGUGUGUGUGUGCGCACACGCUGUAUGUGGGUGUACUGUAUGAUCACACAAGGUGUGCCUGUGAACAGUCUUUUUUAUGUGCAUUUGAGGUACUGAAGAAUAAAAAAGACUUCGUAGUAACUCACGCAACAUUGUAAAACUGACAAUACACAGCCGUAACCCGCUUUCCACUACAAAGAACAAGAAAAGAGAGAAGAGAGAGAGAGUAUCAGAGAGAGAGAGAGAGAGAGAGAGCGUGAGCAACACACAGAGAGGGAGACAUUGUGAAGAACAGCUCUGAAAGAGUUUUUGUGGGGCUAUAACAAAGGCCCCUCAGAAAACACAGUGGCAUAGGAAUGUUAAUUAAUUAAUGAGAAACUAUUCAGCCUACGGAGGAUAGUGGAGAAAGAAAGACAGAAGGGGAAAGAUGGAUAGACAUACAGAGAGACAGACAGGCCGGAGGGCCAGAAAAGAUCUGUGUAGUUUUGCAUUUGAAAUAGCACGCUGUGCAUGGACUCUAUGUCCGGUAUCCAUGAGUGGGUUUUCAAACCCUUUCAGGGAUUGUGCAUGUCAUAAAUUUACAUCCUUGUACUUGGCUUUGCAUCUUUGCAGUUGUGUGCGUAUAACAUGCAGCAUCUGUCAAAUGAAAGCCUCGCUUUCUCAAGCCUCACUUUUCCAAGAACUGGGAAGCAGCCAUGCUUUCCACACUGACUGCCAUUUUUGAGUUAAUCCACCAAUUUUCUUUACUGGAGAUUUUAUAAGUGCGAGCGGUUAAUUUUAUCAGCUCUUGGAUGACCAUGUGAUCCCUCUAGUAAAACAUGAAAAUAGCUAAAAGUAGAGCUAUUAGGGAUAAUCAGUAUAGUGUUUUAUUGUACUAUUUUUGCCUAUUGGAAUAAUUGAUUUCUUUCCCUCUUUCAGCUUCUUACAGAUUAGCUCAAGACUAGCACUAGAUUAAUACCGGGAGAUAGGCUUGAAUAAUAAUAAUAAUGUAUACUUUAUUGAUCCCCAUGGGGAAAUUACUCUCUCUGCAUUUAACCCAUUCACUCAGUGAAGCAGUGGGCAGCCACUCAUCAGGCACCCGGGGAGCAGUGUCUAGAGACGGCACCUUGCUCAGGGGUACAUCAAGGUAGGUGUUCAGUAGAUUCAAACCCCCGGCCUUCCGAUCAUGGGGCGACCAUGCUACCUACUGAGCUAUCCCUGCCCCUAAAUGACAGAAGAAAAUCUGUGCUGCUUUUAAUACCGACUCAGUUUUUCUUGAGCUGUUAUAAUUAUAAAUUGCAUCAUUAGGCUCUUAUGUAACAUUCAGUACUUACAGGCACAAAGCAUGUAAAGCUCAGUUGUGUAACAAGAAGAUUUAUGCGUUAUAAUAAAACAAAGUGAGGUUGGAUGAGACUAUUGUCAAGAUUCUGUGGAAAAACUGUGAGUGAGCACGGAUAGGCUGCCACUAACUUGCACUUCUUCAACAAUUCCAAACUCUCCUCUCUAUAGACUGGAGUGUGUGUGUGUGUGUGUGUGUGUGUGUGUGUGUGUGUGUGUGUGUAUGUGUGAAAUGGACAUGUGAGAUCCUUUGGACCGGUCACUCAUGAUCUGUAAUUUAUCUAUGGGCAUCCAUGUGCAUGUGUGCAUGCUUGCAUGCGAGCAUUUUUGAGUGUGUGUGAUUGCAACAUUCCAGCAGGCAGAAAUCUGAGAAGGUGGGACUUACGAGACACUCGAUUCUGCUCUUUCUGGGUACUGAGGGGUGCUGAAGUGUCAGAAUUCCAAUUUCCUUCAAUCACUUGCAAGCCAUUGGAAAAAAAACAAAAAACAAAACAAAAACAGGAAUUUCUCAUUGCAUCCAAGAAAAUGUUUGUAUUGUAAGACAUAUUUGUCACAAUGUAGUUUACACAUGUAAGUGUCUGCUUUCAUAUGCUUUCAUAUUAUAGGCAUGAAUUCAUGAAAAAUUCUUAUAUGUUCACUUGAUGUACACGUGGAAAAAAAGAUAACUGGCACAUCUGAGUUACCUUAUUGUGACACAUGUAAGCCUUAUGAAACAUACUACGUAAAACAUAUAAAACAUAGACAUUCACUUUAGUUUUUUACUAUGUAUAUCAUGGGCUGUCACAACACUCUGACCCUUUGUAUCACUCUCAUACAUCCACACACACUCCUUUUCAUUCUGAUUCUUCAGAGUUUGCUUUUCCCAUUAUCUUAUAUCAACUGAAAACAAUACCUCAUUUUUCUCCAAGUUUCCCUCACAAGGGCUUUAUAAGUCCUCACAAUCAAUCUUGUCACACACCACUGUACUGCACUGUAUUGCAAUUACCUCGUUCUUCCCUUUUCCCUUCUUCAAACUGCACACUCACCCUUUCUCUUCAGACUUCUAGCCUAAGUAAAGAAUGGGAAAGGGAAGAGAGGGAGAACGAGAGGGAAGAGUUUGAGAAUCGCGGGUCCCUCCCACUUUCCGGAGAUGCUCCAGCCCAUCCCUAAAUUGUGGGCCAAUGAGCGUAGCUCAUUCACAACUCAUGCGCUCCUUCUACAAUAGGUAAGGAGAGAGAGACAGAGAGAGCAAGAGAUACAUACAAGGAGAGAAAGAGAGAGGGAGAGACAUAUAUACAAGGAGAGAAAGACAGAGGGGAAGAAAGACAGUAAAAAGGCAAGGCCAGAUUCAGAGGAAAGACAGACAAGAGGGAAAAGGAAUUAGAUAAAGUUGAGCCAAUGGGACUGAAGUAGUGACAGAGAGAUAGGUAAAUAAACAGAGAUGAAUAGGUCAGUGUCUUGACAGGACAGAUUUACAGUGUGGACAACCUGCAGUGAAGAAAAGGAUAGGAAGGGGCAUUAGAAGAGCAACGGGAGUAUUUAGAAGACAAGAAACUCCUCAUUUAUCAGCGCUGCAUCUUAGAAAGAGAGUGAGACAAGUCGGGGAACUCCACAGGUGUAGAUGCAGACAGGUGGUCAGUCAGACAUGCCUCUUGUGGUUCUGUUUCUCUGUGUGGCCGGAGGAGUCUGGGGGUCCGCCCCCGGAGCGUGGGGGUACGGACGGAUCCAGGACAGACAGGGUACAGCGGCAACAAUGUGCCCAUCUCCGUGCCACUGUGAAGAAGACGGGAUCUUUAUCAUGGUUGACUGCUCAGAGAUGGGACUAUCAUCUGUGCCAGCCAACCUCAGCCCGCUGACCACAUACCUGGAUCUGAGCAUGAACAACAUCAGCGAGAUCCAGCCCAGGGCCUUCCACCGACUGCACCUGUUAUCAGAACUGCGUAUCUCAGGGAAUCAGCUGAGGUAUAUCUCAGGCCUCGCCUUCCAAGGUCUACACAACCUCAAAGUUCUGAUGCUACAGAACAACCAGCUGGAGAGACUUCCUGAUGAUGCUCCUUGGGACCUACCCAACCUCCUGUCCUUGCGUCUUGACGCGAACCUGUUGUCUGUGGUUCCGGCUGAGGCCUUUAGAGGUGUCCGCUCCCUUAGACACCUGUGGCUGGAUGACAACUCCCUAACAGAGAUCCCAGUGAUGGCCCUUGACUCUCUGCCCUCCCUGCAGGCCAUGACGCUGGCGCUCAACCGAAUCACACACAUCCCAGAUUACGCAUUUACCAACCUCUCCGCCCUUGUCGUACUGCAUCUCCAUAACAACCACAUCAGGAGCAUGGGCUCGAGAUGUUUUGAAGGUUUAAACAGUCUGGAGACACUGGAUUUAAACUACAAUGAUCUGCAGGAGUUCCCUGUGGCCAUCAGGACACUGAGCAAACUUCAGGAACUCGGCUUCCAUAACAACAAUAUCAAAGCCAUCCCUGAGAGGGCUUUUGUGGGAAACCCUCAACUCCAAACCAUUCAUUUCUAUGAAAACCCCAUCCAGUUUGUGGGGAAAUCCGCUUUCCAGUUCUUACCUAAGCUGCACACACUCUCCCUUAACGGGGCAACCCAGAUUCGAGAGUUUCCCGAUCUGAAAGGAACCACCAGCCUGGAAAUUUUAACGCUGACUCGGGCUGGUCUCUCAGCUCUCCCUCUGGAUCUGUGUGAGCAGCUGCCUCGCCUCAGAGUGCUGGAGCUUUCUUACAACCAGAUAGAGGAUCUGCCCAGCUUUUACCACUGCUCUGCACUGCAAGAGAUAGGGUUGCAGCAUAAUCAAAUCAGAAGGAUCGAGUCAAGCACCUUCCAGCAGCUCGCCUCUCUAAGAGCACUUGAUCUGAGCUGGAAUAUGAUCGAGAGUAUCCACCCUGAUGCCUUUGCUUCGCUUCACUCCUUGGUUAAAUUGGACCUGACUGAAAACCGUCUCAGCUCAAUACCCGUUGUAGGUUUGAGCGCUCUGACCCAUCUCAAGCUGAGGGGGAACACAGAAUUAUAUGAGGCCUUCAGUCCUGAUAACUUUCCCCAUAUGAGGGUGAUAGAGAUGCCUUAUGCCUACCAAUGCUGUGUGUACGGCUCCUGUGAUAGCUACAAGCCAGCCGGUCAGUGGGACUCAGAACAGAGCAGCACCAAUGAAGACCUGCACAAGAGGACUGUAGCCAUGUACCCCAUCCACACCGACACUCACUAUGACCCAGAUUUGGAGGAGUUCCAGCUGGAAAUAGAGGAAUCCAAACUACAGGCCAGCGUCCAGUGCACACCGACACCUGGUCCUUUCCGUCCCUGUGACUCUCUGUUGGGCAGCUGGCUAGUUCGCGUUGGCCUGUGGUGCAUCUCCCUGGUGUCUCUGCUGGGGAACUCCAUCCUGCUUCUGUCUCUCUUUGGCUCAUCGGGCUACCUGUCACCACUUCGCUUUACCGUGGCUUGCAUGGGGGCUUCAAAUCUACUGACUGGUGUGUGUAUGUGCACCCUGGCCCUUGUGGAUGCUCUCACGCUGGGAGAAUUUGGUCACCACGGAGCCCGCUGGGAGGGGGGUCCUGGUUGUCAGGCGACAGGAUGGGUCUGGGUGUUUGCAUCUGAGGCCAGUGUGUUGCUGUUAACUCUUGCAGCAGUUCAGUGUGGUGUGAGCGUGACGUGUGCGCGCACCUAUGGGAAGUCCCCAUCCCUCGUGAGUGUACGCACCUGUGCACUGUUCUGCCUCGUUCUCUCCAUCACGCUUGCUUCUCUCCCACUGGCAGGAGUCGGGGAGUAUGGGUCCUCACCUUUCUGCCUUCCCUCGCCCCUGCCACCCCCAUCUUCUCGACUGCCGUCCUCCCUGGGCUUUCCCUUGGCCCUCAUUAUGAUGAACACCCUGUGCUUGCUUAUAGUAACAGGUUCACACAUCCGCCUUUACUGGGAGUUACUCAGAGGAGAGUGUGAGGGCUUGUGGGACUGCGCUAUGGUCAAACAUGUUGCCUGGCUAAUAUUCACCAAUGGUCUUCUCUAUGUACCAGUAGCUUUCCUCUCCCUUUGUUCCCUUCUUGGUCUCCUUUCCCUGGGGGAGGAAGUACUAAAAUCAGUCCUCCUGCUUCUCCAGCCCUUGCCAGCCUGCCUCAACCCUCUCCUCUUCCUUCUUUUCACGAGAGACCACUCUCAGCUGUUUUUCUGGCCACGCCCCAAAGCACGUGCACAGCUCCGUCGGGACCGCACCUUGGACUCGUUGGUUUCCGUGGACACAGAAAAGAGCUCCUGCUCCGAUUCCUCAACACAGGUGUCACUCACUGAUGCCACGUACAGUGGAGGAUCUUCUCUCCAACCCCGGCAGGAUCCAAUCAGAUUUUCCCACUGCUCCUCCACAUCCUCUGUGCCUCUCAUCCCUUGCCAAAUACCCCCUCCCACUGCCAGAGAUAGAGAAAGGGUGGCAGAGUGAGAGAGAGAGAGAGGGUGAGUGACUGGUGAUUUCUGGAAAGUUUGGAUCAAGAUGUCUAACACACUGCCAUGUCUGUCACCCUCAAAGUCUUACCCAUGAGCCUCCAAGCUAGCUGUCUGAAAAGCUAGGACACCAUAUGAAUAUUCAAGGACCAUCUUCUCACCGCAGAAAGACCGCCUCUGGGUUCACAGUCUUCAAGCUCCUCAGAACAUUCAACACUGAAACUGUUACUACAGAGACUACAGAGUACAGAGAAGCUGACGAGAAAACAAAGAGCCUCUGAAAGUGGAGAGCGGGACUAAAAGGUCCUUUCACAGAAAAGACUAUUCAAGGAAAUGACAUUACUUUUUAUAUAAAGGACAAUUUCAGACACAUUUCAGUGGACUGAGUCAUGGGGAAUAGUUCAAAUCCACAUGGAAAAUUUGCAUUGGACAAAUCAGUGAUUUCGCCUGUGGGGAAUUUAGGUAGCACCAAUAGAGCUUUGUUUAUACUGAAAAUGUUUAUACUGAAAACUGAUGAAAAAUCCAACUUAGAAGAUGCAGGUUGUUUGGUUCUUUUAUAGGUGGAGCCAUUUUUUUUAAAUACAAAUUCUAUCCUAUUGCUAAGGUCUGUUUAAAAAAAAGGAACUCAUCACACACACACGCACAGCCAGUGUAAGCUAACAGUUUUCUUCCACAGAUGUCAUUGUCAUAUUGUACUAUGCAACUGUAUAAUACAAAGGUUGUUGUAAAAAUGCUACUCUUUAUAUGGCAGCAAAGUGCCACAGGAAAUGGGCCGCACAUAUAUUUUCAUAUGGUUUACAUGGUUUGAUCUCAAGAAAAGCAACUCUAUCCAACAGGAGGCAAGCAGUCAUAGAGACUGAAUGGGAUGUAGGUAUUUUUCUUACAGACUUUAGAGUAGGCUAGCAUUAUGUACAUACAAUAUAACUACCUCUGAACUAGCAUGGUAUUGACUCACUACAGCCUUAUGAUGUUUGUCUCCCCUUUUUAUAAACAGCAAUUAUAUAAUUUUAUAUUAUAAGAAAUAAAUCCUUAGCUUGUAAAAACAAAUGUACUAUUUAGGAUGUACAUACUUUGUAUACAACUGGUUAAGCAUAUUUUUGAAUAAAAUUAUCAUCUUCAUACUACACACACUCCAAGUAUGCGCUUAUGUUACAAAUCUGAGACGCCUCCAAACUACACAAGAAGUCCAGGCACUCUCUGAAAUACAUUAAUAAAAUAAAAGUUUAAUAUCACAACACAAGCACGCACAUUAUACAUACAGCAAUCCACAUUUUUAUACAUUAACAUACAUUUAAAAACAGGAAGACAAGUAUUACAUCUUUGUAUAAAAUUAAUACCACAGUUCUAACAAGGUGUCAGUUUUAUCAGGCAUGAGUGAGGUGGAAACUACACACAGGUUCUCUUUGCUGGAUCUUCUGCUUCCUGCUGUACACUGUGCGCUUCUCUCUUUCGGGUUGAUGCUUUCUGAUCAGGAGUAUUUUCUUUGUUGCCAUCCACAACACC